AUGUCUGACUCGUUCACUCUCCCUCUUCGUGCUAUCCUGGAGAAGCAGGAUCGCCCCGACACCCUGCCAGUCGAAAUCUCUCAGAUCAACAGCCACUGGGGUUCAUUUCGAGACGUCAACGAAGAGAUCCUUCGGACCAAGAUCGACGAGGAGAAGGAACGCGAUGGUGCACAGGAUUCAGAAGAUGGCGAUCAGGACGAUGGGGAUGUCGACACCACGGAACGUCUCGAACAAUUAUACAAGAAGCGCGCCGAUAUCACUCAGUUCGCAGUACAAUCUCACAUGGAAGCCAUGUUCGCCCUCGAUUUCAUCUCACUCCUCUUGUCGAAAAAUGCCCCCCGCCAAGCCGAAACCUCCAUGUCGCCUUAUUUGAAACAGAUCGCACCCCUCGGUUCCUUGAAUACAGAUGUAGUCAACCCCCCUCCGAAAUCCGAAUCAGCUACAAAGGACAUCUUAUCUGUCUCCAGGGGAUGGAGAAUCCAGAAUUUCAACUCGGCUUCCAGCAAGCUGUUGAAGGCGGCCGCCCGACUGGAGACGGAAGUCGCAUCGGAAACUCGAUAUUGGAAUGAAGUAUUGGCAAUCAAGGACAAAGGCUGGAAGGUCUGCAGGUUACCACGCGAAAGACAAGCACUCGGAGUGCAGUAUGGGUUCAUUGAAGCGACACCGGUGUUUCGCGACCGAGGCCUUGCUUCCUUACGGCGAUCUGAGAAUGGAAGCUUGGUCCUAGAUAAAGGACUGAUUCCUUCUGGUGCUCGCUUUGUUCGGGUGCGCGUGAAGCAAGGCUCUCACAUCUCCAGUAGUACAAGACCAUACUCUUCCACUUCCAACGACGCUGAAUCGAUUGAGCAUCGCAUCCUCCAGGCGCGGGACUCCGUCUUUGAGGAGGAACUGUUCCACGAAUUGGUUCGAGAAGCCCGGUCCAUGGCAAACUCCGGGGUGACGACUCGUCAAAAUCUCAUUCAAGUCCCCGCCUCUGAAGAUCUUGAUAUUCUAUUGGAUCUAGUAGAUGCCGGUGACGAGAGUCUUGAAGCUGACGAGGGUUCUACGGCGACCGAUAAACUUCUUGCCGACGGCUUAGCACACUCCAUGCGUAUCCUCCUCGCCUUCGCUCAUCGCCAAAAUCUGCGCCGUCGCACGCAAGUGCCGCCGCCGUUGACCUCAAAGAAGCGGACUAUACCUGAAUACCACCUGCUUCGUCCCGCUCUGGCUUAUUUCCAGCAUCUGGCGCAACUCCGCCAGCUGGAAUCAUUCAUUCGUGACAUCUAUGGAGUCUUAAGCUCGUCUGGUUUGGACAUCCCGGAGUUGACAACCAAAAAAUUCAUAAAUGGGGCCCCUCUCCCUUCAUACUCCUCUGCUACUCCACUUGAGGCACUCAUACAGAAGUUCCUCAUGCCAAUUGAGUCUGUGCUUCGGGGUAAUCUCUCCACGCCUGAUAGCUUCUUCAGUAUCACAAUUCGAACAAAUCUAUCUGCACCGCCGUUUAGCACGCAUUACGAUGUGAGCCUCAACUUCCCUACUUUCUCCGAUGUCAAAUCUCCGGGCCACCUUGCAUUAAGGGAUGAGGUGGAGGCUGCCGUCACCCACAUCCUACUGUUAGAUGUGGUCUCCAGGAUCUCGUCCCAUGAGCGGUCAUCGUCCCAUAACAGUCCCGGCGAAACAUCUAAGACAUGGGACGCAAUUUACCCUCACCUGGGUGAAUUGCUAUUGUCUGGAAUUAAUCCUGAAAGUCACAGAAAGAUGAAGGUGGUUCUAUCCCGCCAUGAGCUAUCUCUUUCCACUUAUCUUGUGCACAGCAUUGAUGGUGUUGGGCGUGGUAUCAAUGAAUUACGUUCUCACAAUACUGAGACCCGCACCUGGAAUUCGACCUCUUCAAUCAACCGCCCUAACACAAGCCCCUCGAUGCUGGAAUUUGUCGAUGCCGAACGCACUCACUGA